AUGAGUGCUAAGAAACCGUUGAAUAACGAGUCGUAUCAGAUUUAUGGAGAAGAGGAUGAUGACUACUACUAUGAAGAGGAAUAUGUAAUGAGUAAACCUGUAAAAAUAACGGUAUAUGGGUUAUUCGUUUGUGUUUGUGUUGGAUGCAUUUGGUUUUUUGCUAUUUUUUUACCAGGUUACUUUAUACCUGAGGCGAGAGAUUUGGAGGGUAUAACUAAGGUCACGGACUUGUCAGUUGCAUUGAGACCAUUAAACGAGGGUCGAGUCAAGAAAUUGGGGUUGUGGGACGGUGCGAGAGAUGCCUAUGAUAAUGACGGUGAGACACGGGAUAACGAAAGUGAAAGUGACGAGGAACUUGAAAUCGGAGAGAGUGGAAACGAUAUGGAAGGUGACGUGGAGAUUGACCUGAAAAGAGUCGUUGAGAGAAUAAUACUCAUUGGCGAUGUUCAUGGACAUUAUACAAAGCUUCGGAAGUUACUUCGAAAACUUAACUUCAGACGUCGCACUGACCAUGUACUCAUGUUGGGAGAUUUCAUUGCCAAGGGACCCGAUUCUAUCAAGGUUUUAGAAUUUGCAAUCGAUAAUAAUAUCGAUUGCAUACUUGGAAACCAUGAAUUAUACGUCUUACGGAACUAUGCUCAAUUUCACCAAUUAGAUGCGCCUAUGUUCGUCAAAGACGAAGCAGAUAUAGGUAUCGAAGGUCUGUUUAAUGAGGAUCCUGAAUAUCUUUUGGCGAAGAAAUUAGAGCCUCAUCAUAUUGAUUAUAUUAAUAAGUGUCUGGUAAUCAAAAAACUAGGCAAAGUACCAUUGCAUGGUCCAAAUCAAGAUGGUGGCUUCAAAUACACCAAUGGGGUUGCUGUACAUGGCGGUGUCCGUUGGGACUUACCUUUCGAAGAACAAGAUUCCGAGAAGUGUUUGGAAAUGAGAUCUUAUAUCGGCCCUUACUUUAACGAGUCGACUGACGAUCCAUUCGAAGAAAAUGCCGUGUCGUGGUCUAAAAUAUGGAACAAGAAACAAAAGGAAAUACCUAAGAAAGAUGCCCACGUUGUUUAUUACGGCCAUGAUGCCAGAAGAGGCCUUAUGUUAAAGAAAUACUCCAAGGGACUCGAUACUGGCUGUUUCAAAGGUGGUCGCCUAACAUCGAUGGUCAUUUGGAACGAAAAAAUUACCACCUCCAAAGGUGAAUCAAAAAUUUUGCAUAAAGAAAAAAUAGUCAGCGUUUCGUGCUAG